AUGGCAACAAAAGACGAGACGACGCGCACACGCACCGAUCGAAUUAAGGCCGAUUUACGGUCAAUCUCAACAUGCACAAACGCCACAGCGACUGCGCUCCAGGACUUGCUGUCAAGAAAAGCGGAAGAUGCGCCACAAAAGGAGAAUGUCAGAGCAAAAGCUGUGCCCGCCGCACGGAGGAGAGGCGCGACAGCCACAGGUGCAGCGUCAGCGGAUAUGGGGAAGCAGAAGAACUCGAACCUUGGGCCCAAGGAGAAGUACAUACUAGCGACUGAGGUUGCCAACACGACCCUCCAGACGCUUGCAGAUGCGCUGAAGAAUCCACCGCACGCGACUGCCGCCCGUCCCCCUACCAAGUCGAAGCCAACCGCCGCCGAAGAUGCGCGCAAGCCUGCACGACCGCGACUCGGUCAGACAACGAGCUCCUCGGCAUCACAAAAGCCUCUCAGGGAACGAUCCGUCUCGCAAAUCAACAACUCGCCCCAAAAACGCGUCCCUCGGCGGUCGUCUUCUUAUUCUUCCUUCCUCGCCCCAGGUCCCGACCCUGGCCUGCUCGCAACAGCUGAAUGCGCAAGAACCGCGUUUGCGUACUUGGGGACGCCAGAGGCACAGAAGGUCUUGGGCAAGGACUCGCAAGAACUACAGUACGAGAAUGGUGUGCUCGUGCUUAUCGGAAAGCUCGUCGCACUUGGCUUAGACAAUAUGGCAGUCAAGGAAUUAAGAGGGUUGAAGAAGAAGCUGGAAAGAUAUCUCGGGCAGGAUGCGGGCAAAGACGAGGUCAAGUCUGGCCUGCACCAGCAGGGACUUGCAGAGAAAGAGAGCCUUGCGUUCCUUCUCGACUUCGCGGCAAUCGACCCGAAGAGCCCUGCUAUCCCGCUAGUAGCAAACUUCCAGAUGUAUACUUUGCGCAUUAUUGCAAAGCUGAGGAGGCCUCGGACUGUUGAAGCCACUUGGGCAUAUCUCAAGUUGACCAACCCUUCAUCACCUGCGAACCUACUCUUUCACACUGCCAAGACCCCGAACGGCCAGGCCAAGGCGGCAAGACAACUGGAGUCGUUGGCGCAGACUGUGCUCUCCCUAUGUCCAAGUAUAUCGACAUCCGAAGAUGCGAACAAUCUACAACCAUCUGCCGAGACCGUACUUCUGUUACAGCACCUGGCGUUCAGCGUUCGAAAGAAAUGGUGGAGUCUGGUCAAGCACCAAGGCAGUGCGGAUAGAGAGCUUUCAGAACCAUUCACCAAAUGCGUAGUUGCUUUCGCCCGCAGAUCACUACUCAACCCAAGUAAGAAGUACAAACUCGCUGAGACAUUGUACAUUGAUUUGGCUGGGUUCCCGGGCGAGUCUGCUCCGCAAGCAGCAGCCAACAAGACCCUGUCCUCUCUUGCUCAAGCUGCGGGCCUGUCUGACCAGGCCCUUCGAUGGCUGGGCUCCUCAAAAGACACUGCGGACUCCAAUUCGUCCGCAGCAAAGCAAACAACACGUGCGAUACGCGUUGCCACAAUCAAUCUUGAGGCUCAUGUGAAAGGCGAGAAGAAACCGGAUUUGGACGAGACCAUUACUACCGCACUUCAGAUCUUGGAUGGCGCUCUAGGUGGUUCAGUGUCUGAUUUGGAAACUUUGUUUGCUGAAGUGAAUGCACUGCGACGCGCUGCGACACGGUUACUAGUCACAAGCAUGUCAAAAACCACAGCUAGUUCUGAGAGCAAUCCUACCGAACAGCAUGCUGUACCCAUCAUUGCAGCCAGUGUACGUUUCUUUGCCAGAUUUCUCGGGGCUACAUCGUCAGGUGAAACAGACGCAAAAUCGCAAACCCGAAAACAGGAGCGAGUACUUCUAGCAUGGAAAUAUGCCAAGAGUACGGUCGACUCUCUGAUGGCAUGUUGCAAGAGAACGACAAAGACUCAAGAUCAAUGGAAAGAACUGGAUACUAUCCUCCAAGAAUGCUCACACAUCAUACGUCGAUUCGAAGAAGAGAUCGGACAAGGCACACUUCCUAGAGAAGAGAACAUCUCUCUUGUGGGCACGUAUAUGGUCAAGCUAUCAAAUGCGUACUGGUCUUUGUAUCUGCAGUUGCGAAAAGCGCAUUGCAAUCCCGAAGCCCUUGUUGUAGCCAUGGAACGCUCAAUCGACCUUGUGCAAUCUCGUUCGUCACCUGAGAGAGAAAGUGGACUCCUCUCAAUGAAGCUGGAAAACUGGGGAGAGGCCUUAGAGGAUCUGAACCGUACCGAAAGCUCUCGCAACGCUUUUCGGCAAUGCAUUCAAAGCCACCUCACUGUCAAUAUGUUGCAGCAGCUCUCCGAGAAGACGUCAACAUCCUCCUUGCACAAUGUGUUCGAAAGCGAGGGGCCAUUCGGUGCCCUCGUUCGCGUAAUGAAGACACUUCAUCACUCCUUCGUCACGUCUGGUCUUCAGAAUUUAGACGAACUCGCCUUCUAUGACGAUGACGAGCUAGAACCAGGAACUAGGGGAGCCAUCCUAGAGUUGCAGCUUGGCUUUUACUUACGAACUCUGACCAAGAACCGACAGUGGGACUCUAGUCUUGACCAGUCGAUACGUAUUCUGGUGGAACGAUUGCAACAGCUUUAUGUACCAAGCGUGUAUCCCGUUCGACGUCUUCGACUCUGUAUCACACUUCUUCAGCUUUAUCAACAAAACCCGCAAAUAUUGUCUGAAGAACUGACAUCGCUUAACGCCACAGAUGACGACGAGAUACAGAAUGUAAGUAGUAAAGAUGAAGCAUUAAGACGAUACGAGGUUCAUCUUAAAGCGCUUCGCGACCUCAAAGCUUCGAUGGAACAGUCAUCUUCUACCACAACAACCUUCCAGCAGUGCUUCACAACGUGGGAGUCACUCGUUGGGUCAAUGUCUUCGUGGGAGGCGCUCACAGAUUGUGUCGAGAAUACCGAAUCCUGGCUACAAGAUCUGCAAGCAUGCCUUGAGUAUCUCAACGCGAAAGGCGAAGAGUAUCUUGCGUUGCCUCUCCUACAUCUUUUGGUCAAAAUUUUGGAGCUCCAAGACGGUUCUGAUGCAUCCGAGCGCAUCGCCGUUUUGUGUGCCCUCGGCCUGCAAUUUCUUCACCUUGGAUAUACCGGCAAAGCAGGGUUGUCUUUGGCGAAGGCUGAAGCGUUGCUCGAACGUCCGACAUCAUCUGUAGAAGCCAAGCUGCAAUGGCAUAUGGCAUACGCUGAAUAUCUUGUGAGUACCGGGAACACCACAAAAUGUCUGACUACGAUGGCGGAUGCUCAAUCUCUUGCGCUCAACGAUCGUCAGUUCAUGGAUCUCGCAAAACCUACAACUACGCUUUCUGGCAGAUUGCGAUUUAACAAGAUAGUGGCGGCUGCCGCUUAUGUGCAGUCGCUUCUUGCCACAGCUACUGGGUCAUUCAAGACAGCAGCUCGGCAUGCGAGGCAGUGCGUUACAAUCAAUCGUCGCAUAUGGGCCGCGCUCGAAUCACGGGCCAGUGCGAAAAGGACGACACCCUCGGAGAAUGCAGAAUCCAUGGCGCCUCUUGUCAUGUCCGUGACACAUGAUGCUCUCAAUGGACCUGAAUUCUGGUGCCUGGUUCCUGCGUUGUAUCGGGCACUAAUGCAGCAAUCUCAGAUCUUCGCCCACCAAGGCCUAUUACAUGAAGCAAUCCAUGUUGCUGAACAGGCUGAAAAGGUGGCUGCAGCCACACAAUCUGCGACUUUGAUCACAGACAACGCCAGCUGGCGCGCUGACUGUUGGGCGCAGAGUGGCAGACCUGACAAGGCCGAAACCAUUCUCAAGUCUCUGAGUCCCGAUCUUUCCCGAAAGUGUCUCUCAACGGCAGGUUAUCAUUCGGCCGUAGCCAGGAUACAUCACUGGAACGGUCAAUAUGAACAGGAGAUACAGUCGUACGACUGCAUGGAGAAACUACUUAAGGACCUGAGUUCGCCAUCGUACAUCAAGACUCUGGAGACUUUUUCUACCUCCGUCGAUGCGCUUGCUAAUCGUGUCUCAUCUAUGACCCUAGAGGCCACGGAGAAUGUCAAGAAACCAGCCACAAGAGGUCGCAAACCUGCAGUGAAAGCUGUACCGAGAGCGGCUUCCAAGUCUACCGCUAACGCUCGCGCCAAGGCCACAGAAGUAGCUGCAAAGCCUGUUCCAAGAACGAAACGCCAAGUAGGAAAGCCCACUGUUUUGGAGACGACUAGUCUCACCGAAGAGUGCUCUGCGCUGUUCGUGUUCCAAGCGAGCAUGAGAGACCGAGCUGUCCUUGCGAACCUCCUCCACGAUGAUCUCGCAAAAGCUCUGAGUAUACUUGGUGAAGCGGAACAGCUUCAAACUGGACUAAGCCAGGAAGUGUCGCACAUGUGGGCUAUCUUCAAAGCGAAACUCGCACAGAGUGCGAAGCAGAUUGCUGAAGACUUUACUGUCAACACACUCCCUGAGUCGACCAUUGCCUUUCCUGCUUUUGGUCUCGACGCAGCAACCGCCAAGAAGGGUGCUCUGGCUACUUCGAUUGCUACCAAAGGUGGCCGGGCGAAGAAACAAAUUAAGGUGGACUUCAUGGACACGCUUCGUGAUGCACGUGCGCGACUCGUCGAAGCACACUCCCUGUGUGCUACUAAUGGGUCCAAUCAUCUGUUCCGUCAAACCUCCAUGGCGCUCGGUCAUGUCACUGUGUUGAUGUCGGCUGUCUUAGGAACAGAGCUGCCAGGCUCGCUCCACCCAUUAUACGCAGCUUACAUGAGCGAACUUCCAAAAGUAAAUGCCUUGCGGCUUGUGCAGGAGUCGACAGAGGCGGAGAAGGAGCAGCUCUCACGCGAUGAUUGUCUGAGAUGGCCAACUUCUGAUUCGUCGCAUUUUGCCUUCAGCUCAGUAUCCAGUUUCCAGGAAGAAUAUGUUGACAUCAUUCCAGAAACGUGGUCUGCUGUAUCGCUGGCGCUUAGUGAGGCACGCGAUGAGCUAUUCAUCACCCGAUUUGAGAGUGGUUUAUCUCCGUUCGUAUUACGUUUGCCACUUGCCCGUCACGCUUCCCGCGAGAUGGACGAAGAAGAGUUUUCUUUCGAGGAUGGCAAGAGAGAUUUUGAUGAAAUUGUCGAGCUCAGUGACUUCAGUACUCGAUCCGCCAAGGACAUGACUUCUAGGGAAGCGAGACACCAGUGGUGGGCUGAACGCGAAGCUCUCGACACCCGGCUUCGCGAACUUCUUGUCAACAUGGAAAACAUCUGGCUUGGUGGUUUCAAAGGUAUCUUCUCACAACACGAAAGACAGCCAGCUCUUCUUGCUCAAUUCCGAAAAUCACUGGAGGAUAUACUCAACGAACACUUGCCAUCUCGCAGGAAGAAGAGUAACCAAAAGCGACCAGUGCUGGAUACACGAGUGCUGGAGUUGUUUAUUGGACUGGGCGACGCUACUAAUGACGACCUCGAUCUUGAUGAAGCGCUAAUGGACCUCAUAUACUUUGUGGUGGACAUCCUCCAAUUCAACGGCGAGCGUAAUGCAUACGACGAGCUCGACUUUGACGCCAUGGUCGUGGAGACGCAUGAAGCAUUACGCGCCUACCACACAGCGUCACAAAAACUUGAUGUUACCUCUCGCCAUACGAUACUUAUUUUGGACAACAACUUGCAUGCCUUCCCAUGGGAAUCGCUGCCUUGCCUAGAACAGCUUUCUAUCUCGCGACUACCCUCACUUGCCGCCCUUCGAGAGCGAAUACUUUCUGCACGAUCUUCAGCAACCCAGCAGGAUGCUGCUCCGGGCCAUUACAUUUCUACAAGCACUGGAGGUACGAGCAUGCUAAAUCCGUCGGGAGAUUUGGCGCAUACCUCGAAAACCAUCAAGCCACGUCUAGACGAACUUACAGGUUUUUGGAAUCACAUCGCCAAUCGCCCACCGUCGGAAGUGGAGUUUGAAGAUUCGUUGCGAAACAAAGACCUAGUUUUGUACUUCGGUCACGGCAGCGGUGCGCAAUAUGUCAAGUCGAAAUCAGUGCGACGUCUCUAUCCCGGCGAACAGAAUGAAGGAGAACGAAAACCAGGCUGCGCGACCACACUCCUCUUUGGCUGCUCGUCUGUACAUCUUACAGAGAACGGAAUUUUUGAACCUUCGGGUAUGCUCGCUUCGUAUCUCACCGCUGGCGCACCAGCAGUACUUGGCAUGUUGUGGGACGUCACUGACAAAGACUGCGAUCGCUUUGCCGUUAAAGCAGGUGAAUUAUGGGGAUUGUGGCCCGAGGCGCAAGAAGACGUGUUGCCAUCCAAGACGUCUACGAAGACUCCUGCAAAGAAGAGCAAGGGCAAGAGUCGAGUUGCGCAGUUGGUGGACGAGGUAGAGGGUGCAAGGGCCGCGGAGAGCGCAAAGAAGGGAAAGAAGUCUGUGAAACUUUCAGAUGAUCAUCUGGAUUUGGAAGGCAAUUCGCAGAGGGGGGUUGGAUUAGAUGAAGCGGUGCGGGAUGCGAGAAAGGCUUGUUAUUUGCGGUACUUGAAUGGGGCUGCUGCUGUGGUAUACGGAAUACCGGUAUAUUUGGACUACAACUCCGAUGGUGUUAUGACGGGACGAGGCCACGGUCUCAGUCAGCGGAAGCGACAGAAUCGGUCUUCGCAUCCUCGGAACUCCACAUUCUCCAGCGCGUCAAUACGUCCGCUACAGUUUCCGAUCUUGUUCGCAACGACUUCGAAAGCAAUGGCCGAACGACCCGCCAAGUCAGGGUCAUCUCGAAAGCGUGCGCUCGUGAGCUGCGACCGCUGCAAAAUUCGACGGGCACGGUGCAUUCGCGAGAAUGCCGACGUGCCUUGUGCGGACUGCAAGGCAAAUGGCGUGGUUUGUGAAUCCAAGCUACCACGUAAACAGAGAGUGUAUGGGAGUGUGGAGACGCUCAGCCUGCGCUACAGAGCUCUUGAGUCGCUAGUCAAAGGGCUUUUUCCGGAUGAGAAUGUUCAGGACACAGAGACCCUGUUCAAGAUCGCCACGGCAAGCAACAUAGCAAUGCCAGCGAGCGACGACUAUACACCUGCAGAUAUCUUCAACAAUAGCAGUAGCGACAGACAGGCUUCUUCUUCAGAACAGCAACAAAAGCAGCAGCAGCAGCAUCAGUCUUUGCAAACAUCACCCAUUGCUCAGUCCCCAUACUUGGACCCACACACUACUACAUAUCCCCUGCACACUGCUCACCGCACAUCUUCCUUGUCUACAAGCAAAGAGCGCCUACGCCAGCCUGCUUCCGUAACCCAACAAGUAUCUUCCCAGGCAGAAGAGGUCAUUCGCACAAAUCGAGGCGUCUCGCAUUAUUUCGGUCCUUCCAGUAGCUUUCGGCUUGCAACGACUAUACGAGCACUUGCGUCCCGCUGGAAGGUCGUCUCUGGUGCAGACUUUCCUGGACUCCGGUCAUUCACAUCAAAUCCCUCAAGUCGAUCAGGAUCAGCGCUGAAACGCAGCAGCACAAAUCCUUCGGAAGACGAAUUUGCUAUACCCACAUCGAGCCAGCGUCCCAACUCGAGCCAUGGAAGUCGGAAGAGAUCCAGAACUGAGAUGGAGGCAUCGAAUGAUCCGUCGCAACUUCAAGAUAGUACUUCACGUCUAGAUACAAUUGGUGAUUUGAUUCCCCCAAAACACAUCACUGACGCUUUAGUAGCGGUCUAUUUUGAUCAGAUUCAUAUGUACUUUCCCCUGUUCAAUAGAACCGUGUUUCAGAUGCGACUGGAAACUACAUACUCGCGAAAGGGCGACUUCAUUGACGAAUGUAAGGACAUGGGAUGGCUAAUUUCACUGGCUUUGGUCCUGUCUUUCGGUUGCCAGCAAUCAAGAGCAAAUGAUGUCGACCAAAUGCAAGCGCUCCGCCACAAGCUUGUUGUUUUCGCCAAAACCUACUUCCGUGUACUUUUGACGGCGACGCAAUUGGACAACGUUCAGGCACUUGUCCUUCUCAACAUGCACCAUCACAACGUUGGACAAAAGAGCAGUUCGUGGUUACUGAUUGGUCUUGCUGCACGCAUGGCAAUCACCAUGGGAAUGCAUCGCGAUAGCUCGAAUCUACAAUUUGAACCCAUCGAAUGCAACGUGCGCCGGCAAGUCUGGUGGUCCAUUUACAUAUUUGAGAAGAUACUGUGUGGUAUAUUGGGUCGUCCUACGGGGAUUGACGACAGAGAGGUAGCGAUGAAGGUUCCCGACGCACCAAUGCUCGAGCAAACGCGCAUCACCGCAGUUUUCAUGAACCUCUGCUCCGACCUCGUGUCUUUGUCGUACCGUAUCCGACAACGUGCAUACUUCGACAAGACCUCGUCCGAAGAGCGAUCGCCGACGCUGGCUGUUGCCAUGACCCUACUCCGCGAAUGCGACAAUUUCUACGCGAACAUCCCUCUACAUAUGUCCCUUGAUCAAGCCCCAGGAGGUACAGACUCGAAAGCAAUGAUUCUGUUGCUGCACAUGUACUACUAUUAUACACGCUGUGUCAUCUCCCGAGACUUUCUCAUACAAAAGGUCGAGAGCAACGUCUGCUUUCUAGAGAACAAAGCGUUACCGGCUUCUGAGGAUUGGCCAUCGACUCUAAUACUUGCGGAAGACUGUGUUGACUCGGUGCACAAGAGUCUCCAGUGCAUCACAAUUGGGAUAGAUCUUGGUAUCUUCGAGAUCAUGGGCUACUCAUGGUUAGACUUUUUCUUUGUAUUCCAUGCCGUCUUAAUAGUAUGCGCAGACUUCCUCGCUCGACCCAAAGGUCAAACAGAUUCACCCAGAGACAUCGAGCGCAAAGCGACGGUGUGCACCGUCCUCGAGCAGGUCCGUGGAAUGCAGCAAAAGCUCCCAUCCACAUACAAAACCUUGGGUCAAAUUGCGCUGCAGUUCGCAGGGAUAACCGGUGUCACCCAAAACAGUGGUUCACCAACGAUACAAGACGCACCAGCCGAUGCGUCUCUAGAAUCUGUUGUGGAUAUGGCACAUGAGGAAAGCAACGACCAAGUCGGCAUGCUUGACAUAGGAGGCGAUUGGUACACGGAUGCGACAGCAGAUCUAGGUUUAGAUUUCUUCGACCUGGGCCAAGCGACGCAUCCGGUGACAUUCCCUAUCAUGGAUCCUCCAACACGUUCUGAGAACGCGGGCGAUCCGACGGAGCCUAUUCUACCAACUACGAAUAUGGCAGGCGGCAACAACAGAAAUGGAAAGAAGAAGGUGCUUGUUGUGGGAGCCGGCGCCGCUGGAAUGUCAGCCGCUCACCACCUUUCUGAACAUCCCGACAAAUUUGACGUUACCCUCAUCGACGCAGUAGAUUACUGUGGGGGUCAGGCGUUUUCUAUUGGAGUCGAUAAGGAGCGCCAUGGAGCUGACUGGCUGAACCAAGGUGUUCAAGGUGGAAGCUACAUUUUCCAUCACACCAUGACAAUGUUUGCGAGACAAGGCCAUCAUGCUGAUCCCGUGAACCUUCAAGUCUCCUUUGGCAAGGACGAUAUCUUCUGGACUAAUGUCUUCCCGACCGAGCUUCUUGCGCGCCAUCAGAAGGAGAUCAAGAAGUUUCACACCAUGCUCAAGAUUGUUCGAUGGUUCGAGCUUUUCUUCGCGUUAAUCCCCAUCAAGAUUCUUUUUAAAAUGUUCUGGUUUUCCGAAGAGUUCACCAACACUGUCGCCAUGCCCAUGAUCGCGCUUUUCCUGGGAACCGGAAAUGAGACACCAAACGUACCUAGCAUCAUUCUCGAAAGGCUGGUUACUAGUCCAACAUACGGAAUGUGGUAUCCAGGAGACAAGCAUAGCGUUGCUAGCAACUUGCCGCCCAUGGUGGUUUUUCCCAAGUUCAGCGAAUUCUACGAGCGCUGGCGACAGGAUCUGCUUAAGCGUGGCGUCAACGUCAGACUAUCAACAGAAAUUACACGGGUAAUGAAGCGAGACAAGACUGGCGUCACCGUAAGGCUGAUCAAGCGCACCCCAAUGCCUGAUGCGCAUAACCCUAAUAGUGCCAACGUGCCUUACGACAAUGACCAUAACGCCGAUUCAAACGCGCAAGAGAAGGAAGAGCACUUUGACGAAUUGAUUCUCUGCGUGCUCGCCGACACAGCAAAACGUAUCCUAGAACCCACUGCCUCCUUCCGCGAGAAGAAGGUCCUCGGUUCCGCCAAGUUCUCUGACGACAUCACCGUCACCCAUUGGGACAGUGACUAUAUGCAUAAGCACUAUGAGAACUUUUACGACCCAGACAAGGCCGUCACGAAGCUCUCUGACAUCGAUCAAACUGCGCGUAACACUAUGGCCGAGAAAUCCUUCAAGCCGAUGUACUACAUCAAAAUGUACCCCCAGGAUCGAUCAAAACUUGAAAUGUGCUUUGAUUGCACAAAUUACCAGAGUCAGUUUCCACCGGAGGUUCCCUUUGACAAGCACAUCUUCCAGACUAUUUACUUGAAUAAGGAACGAGACGGCCAUCUCUGGAGUAUCGACGAGAUCAACAAGGACAAAAUCAUUCGCAAGGAUUGGUGGCACCAGCUGUGCCAUUCCUGGACGCAUUACGUUUUCGUCGUCCCAUGGAUGUGGCUUCUACAGGGCCGAAAGCACACUCGGUUUGCAGCGGCAUGGACACUCAUCAACGCCCAUGAGGUUGCGGUUAUGAGCGGAAUUGCUGCGGCUGUUGAUCUGGGUGCGCAGUACCCUGCUGAUCUCGAGCGCGACAAGUUUGCUUUCUUGAGCUUCAGGCUAUACUACCUAUUGGCAUACGGAAAGUGGUAUAGCCGAAAGGCGACAAAGAAGACGAAGGAGGGACCGGGCAAGGACUGGGCAAGUGGUCUUUACGGUAGCGUCUACCGUGGUCCAGGUGUAAGCGAUAUUGACAGACUACAAUGGAGGAAAGAGAACAACAUACAGGAUGCGCCGAUCAACCCGUUACCGUUCUCACCCAAUAUGUCUUCCAAAACGCCCCUCGACGUCGUCUUCGGCUGUAUGACCUUUGGCCGCGAAGGCGAAGAACAAGUCCGUACUUCAAGUCUGGAUGACUGCGCGGCUAUCCUAGAUACUUUCCAGUCUUACGGCCAUAGCGAAGUCGAUACCAGUCGUUUCUAUGGAGAUGGUUCAUCAGAAGAGUACCUCCAGAAGCUAGACUGGCAGAAAAGAGGCCUGACAAUGGACACAAAGUUCUUCCCUAAUGUCCCGGGUCUUUUUGGUCGUCCUCAAACACACUCCAGAUUAGAGGAUAUGCGCAAGAGCUUAGAAGAGAGUCUGACUGCUCUUGGAGGAAAGCAGGUAGAUCUGUGGUAUCUCCAUGCACCUGAUCGUACAGUACCACUUGAGGAGACGGCCAAAGCCGUCAACUACCUGCUCAGAGAGGGGAAAUUCAAGAGAUGGGGCGUGAGUAACUUCAUGUCUUGGGAAGUGGCUGCACUCUGUGAAAUUUGCAAAGCAAACGGAUACCAAUUGCCCAGUGUAUACCAAGGCGUGUACAAUGCUCUCCACCGCAGUAUUGAACACGAACUUCUCCCUUGUUUGCGAAGAUACAACAUGUCCUUCUACGCGUUCAAUCCGCUAGCAGGCGGAUGGUUAACUUCGCGUUACAAGCGCGAUACACAGGAUAGCACAAUCGAGUCUGGCAGUCGCUUUGAUCCAAACCGUAUGCAAGGAAAGAUGUACCGCGCGCGUUAUUGGAAUGACGAGUUCUUCACAGCCAUCGAGGGGUUGCGUACCGAGCUUCCUAAUGGCCAAACAGAGAGCGAAACCGCGCUGAGGUGGAUGAUGCAUCAUAGUCAACUUAAGAAGGACUAUGGGGACAAGGUCAUCAUUGGAGCUAGCAGUAAAAAGCAGCUGGAGAUGAAUCUCGUUGACUUUGAGAAGGGGCCAUUGGAUGAGAGCGUUGUGAAAGCAUUGGAUCAAGGUUGGGCUGGUACUCGUGGGGUGACUUGGAAAACAGUCGACGGAAUGACAAAUCCCUACAAUCAACCAACCGAAUGCGUCUCUACCACCACCAGCUGGUUCAACCCCAGUGGCACAGCACAUUACGUGCGUCCUAUUCGUCAGCCUGACAUCUACGUGGAGACAAAUGAUACCUUGGAAAGGAUCAUCGCAGGGAAUUCAGUUCGAGUAGCCAAACUCGAAUCCCUACUCAAGGAGAAGCGGGGACAGCAUAGGACUGAAGAAGCCGCAACUGCAGCCAAGGCAACUGAAGAAAAGCGCCAACGAAAAUUUGCUGCCGCGAUCCAACAACACCGAGAUGAAGAACUCUCAGCCAUAGAUAUGAGGCGGCGUACACGGUACGGAAGCGCUAUGAGCCAUGAGGUAGCAGACGAAGAAGCAGCUGCCACCGCGUUCCAGGCGAAAGAGGCCCAAGACUACCGCAACUCGUGCGACUGCAACUUCCAACGACCCGCAAACAGCAAUAAGGGAAACUUGACACAAAACCAAGAGGAAGAGCGUAGGAAGAGGCGCAUAGAUAUCUCUUCACGGUCCGCUUCGCAGGCCGACCACGAGGUGACGCUUGCGAACUGCCACUUGGAACUCGCGAAGUGGGAUCUGCAACGCAACGCUCGAAUGGACUCGGAAGCUACAUUCAAUGCCUUCUUUUCCGUGGAAAACAAGCCACGUCGCACAGGAACCCAAUGGCGCGGUACUGGCAAAGUGAUCCGCCCGUAUACCACCUCAUCUGGCCUUGGACAUGACACCUGUUGCGACUUCGAUCACUGCAAUGGGCUUUGUGCAGAGAUCGAGACUACCCGACACGAGUAA